AUGGUACUUAUUCAGUUUCAUAGAUGUCAUGCGCUGACAUCGGGGCGCCAGGAGGUUGUACUGCAGAAACUGAGUUCAUUGAUUGAAGCAGGUAAAAUUGAUAAGCUUCAAACCGAAACCUCUUUCUACAUUUCUUGUAAAGAUGGAGAGUUGUCUGAAAAAGAAGAGCAAAAAUUGGUGUGGAUUUUAAGCAAGCCUUUCUUACCUCAUGAUUUAUCAAAGACAACAUUUUUCAAAGUCAUUCCAGAAAAUGGUUUGAGAAUUGAAAUUGGACCAAGGUUGAACUUUUCAACUGCAUUUUCUACCAAUGCCGUUUCUAUUUGCCAUUCUAUUGGACUAAAGAAUAUUGAUCGAAUAGAAUCUUCGCUGGUUUUUUUGUUGACACCUGUUGAUGGCAAAAGCUUUACAAAAGAAGAAGAAAAUAAAAUGGUGGCUGCUCUGCAUGAUCGAAUGACUCAGUGUCGAUAUGUUGAACCCCUAAAAACAUUUGACCAAAAGAUGGAAUCAGAACCUGUAUUUGAUGUCGAUAUUCUUCGUUCCGGCCGUUCUGCUUUGGAAAAAGCAAAUAAAGAUCUUGGCCUUGCAUUUGAUGACUGGGACCUUGAUUAUUACACUAACCUUUUCCAAGAGAAAAUAAAACGAAACCCAACAAGUGUUGAGUGCUUUGAUCUGGCACAGUCCAACAGUGAGCAUAGCCGUCAUUGGUUUUUCAAAGGCAAGAUGCUUAUUGACGGUCAAGCGCAAAAAGAAUCUUUAUUUCAAAUGAUUAUGGACACACAAAACUACAGCAACAAUAAUAAUGUUAUCAAAUUCAAUGACAACAGCAGUGCAUUGGAAGGUUAUACAGUGGACAUAUUGACUCCUGAAAACUCUUGCUCUGCCAGUCCUUUGAAAAGGAAGGAAGAAAGUAAACGACACAUCAUUUUUACUGCUGAAACUCACAAUUUUCCUACAGGUGUUGCUCCUUUUCCUGGAGCCACAACUGGAACCGGGGGUCGGAUACGAGAUGUUCACUGCACUGGACGAGGGGCACAUGUAGUUGCUGGUACAGCUGGGUACAGUUUUGGAAAUCUCCAUAUUCCUGGUUAUAACCUGCCAUGGGAAGAAGUUAACACAUAUACUGGACCCAUGAAAUUUGCAGCUCCUGUUGACAUUGCAGUAGAGGCUAGUAAUGGGGCUUCUGAUUAUGGUAAUAAAUUUGGUGAACCGGUUUUAACUGGUUUUGCUCGAUCUUUUGGUCUCACUCUUCCUGGUGGGGAAUGGAGAGAGUAUAUAAAACCGAUCAUGUUCAGUGCCGGAAUUGGAAUGUUGGAAGAUAUGCAUAUCAAAAAGAAGUCUGUAGAAAAAGGCAUGGAAGUUGUGAAGAUUGGUGGUCCUGUUUACCGUAUUGGUGUUGGGGGAGGAGCAGCUUCAUCAGUUCAGGUACAAGGAGAUAAUAAAGCAGAGUUGGAUUUUGGUGCAGUCCAGAGAGGAGAUGCAGAAAUGGAACAGAAGCUAAAUCGUUUCAUCCGUUCUUGUGUGGAACUUUAUGAAUCAAAUCCUAUCCUUAGUAUUCAUGAUCAAGGAGCAGGUGGAAACGGAAAUGUCUUGAAAGAAAUUGUAGAGCCAGUUGGUGCUGAGAUUUUUGCUGAUAAAUUCCAGUUAGGAGAUCCUACUAUCAGCAUCCUAGAAUUGUGGGGGGCUGAGUACCAAGAAUCAAAUGCCUUAUUGAGUAUGCCUGAGAACAGGAAAGUUCUGGAAUCAAUUAGUCAAAGAGAGCGCUGUCCUAUCAAUUUUAUUGGCACUGUCACUGGAGAUAAAAAGAUAAGAUUAAAGAAUUACAGUUCAAGAUCUGAUGAAUCUGCAGAUUCUAAGAAACAGAAGCUGGAAUAUGAAUAUCCAGUCAACUUGGAAUUAGAUCAUGUGCUUGGUUCCAUGCCUCAGAAGGAAUUUAAACUUGAGCAUAUCAAGCCUGAAUUGAAACCAUUAUCACUUCCUGCUGACCUGACUAUAAUGCAAGCAAUUGAUAGAGUAUUGAGACUACCUUCAGUGGCUAGCAAGAGAUAUUUAACAAAUAAGGUAGAUCGUUCUGUGACUGGACUUGUUGCUCAACAACAGUGUGUGGGUUACCUUCAUACUCCUCUGGCAGAUGUUGCGGUUACUGCCCUUUCUUACUUUGAUACUGUUGGUUCUGCUACCUCCAUUGGUGAACAGCCUAUCAAAGGUUUGGUUGAUCCUGCAUGUGGAGCCCGGAUGACUGUGGGUGAAUGCCUCACAAAUUUGGUCUUUGCGAGAAUUACAAAUCUCAAGGAUGUAAAAUGCAGUGGAAACUGGAUGUGGCCUGCAAAACUCCCUGGGGAAGGUGCAGCUUUGUAUGAUGCAUGCAAAGCCAUGUGCAAUGUAAUGAAGGAACUAGGAAUUGCAAUUGAUGGUGGCAAAGAUUCUUUGAGUAUGGCAGCACGUGUUGGGUCACAAACAGUAAAAGCCCCUGGUACUCUUGUGGUCUCUGCCUAUGUUGGUUGUCCAGAUAUAAAAGCUACUGUCACCCCUGACUUGAAAUGUCCACAGGGUAAAGGUAUUCUUCUGCAUGUUGAUGUGAGUUGUGGUAAACAUCGUCUUGGAGGAUCAGCUUUGGCUCAGUGCUUCAAGCAGAUUGGAAAUGAGGCUCCUGACCUAGAUAGGCCAGACUUGUUUAUAAAUAUGUUUAAUGUCACUCAACAAUGCAUUGCAGAGAAAUUAAUAUCUGCUGGCCAUGAUGUAAGUGAUGGUGGCUUGCUGACUUGUGUCUUGGAAAUGGCCUUUGCAGGAAAUGUUAACAUUAAUCUCAAUUUUGAAGGCUCAGCUGAUGCAUUCGUUUCUGAGUUGUUCUCUGAGGAACUUGGUUUAGUACUGGAAGUUAGCACUGAUAACAAAGACAAGGUGAUGAAGAUGUAUAAAGAAGCUGGUGUCCAUUGCAUUCAAAUUGGCUCUUGUUCUGAGAGUGAGGAAAAAUCUCCCCAGGUGCUAGUCAGAUUUUCUGACAAACUUAUUUUGGACUCUUCACUGUCUGAUCUACGUAACAUUUGGGAAGAGACCAGUUAUCAUUUAGAGAAGCGACAAGCUAAUCCUCAUUGCGUUGAAGAAGAAAGAAAUUCAUUUAUGAAAAGAACACAACCGCAAUUUAAUUUGGUUUUUGACCCAAAUACUGUCUAUGAUGUCAGUUCUUCGAGUUUGUCAUCACAAAGGCCUAACAUUGCCAUAUUGCGAGAAGAAGGAAGCAAUGGUGAUCGUGAGAUGGCUGCAGCUUUCCAUUAUGCUGGCUUCCAGACUUGGGAUGUGAACAUGGAAGAUCUUUGCAGUGGUAACAUCACUUUGGAUCGUUUCAGAGGAAUUGCCUUUGUUGGUGGAUUCAGUUAUGCUGAUGUCCUCGGAUCAGCUAAAGGAUGGGCUGCCACUGCUCUGUUCAAUAAAAAUGUGAAACAGCAAUUUGAAGAAUUCUUUCAUCGUCCUGAUACAUUCAGUUUGGGAGUUUGCAAUGGCUGUCAGCUGAUGGCUCUUCUUGGCUGGGUUGUCCCUGAUGAAGACAAUAAUGAUCCUGAUUCUUCCCCACAAGGUUUGUUGCUGGAUGAAAACAGCUCUGAAAGGUUUGAGUCUCGUUUUGUUACUGUAAAGAUCAAUAAAAGUCCAUCCAUAAUGUUAGAAGGAAUGGAAGGAACUGUCUUUGGAGUAUGGCUGGCACAUGGUGAAGGAAAAAUGAUCUUCAAAUCAGAAAGUUUGCAUAAAAAAACCAAAUUAAAUAAUCUGAUUCCAGUUCAUUAUGUUGAUGACAGUGGAGAAGCAACUUGUUGUUAUCCAUUUAACCCCAAUGGUUCUCCUGAUGGUAUUGCAGCUGUCUGUUCUGAAGAUGGACGUCACCUUGCCAUUAUGCCACACCCUGAGAGAUCAUUUUUAGCUUGGCAGUGUCCCUGGAUGCCAUUAGAUAUGAGGAGCAAGCUGAAAGCCACCCCAUGGCUGAAGAUGUUCACAAAUGCCUAUGAUUGGUGCCUUAAAGAACGUUGA